AUGAAAAUGGGAAUUCUGCUCCAAGGCAAAAACAAGUUAGAUGAGGCCAUUUUGAGCUACCAGAGGGCAAUUCAUUUCAGACCGUCAUUAGCUCUGGCCUACGUGAAUCUGGGAGCGGCGCUAAUAGCUUCUGGAAGGUGUCAGGAAGCAACGGCUGUCCUUCGUCAAGGAUCAAAGUUAGAUGGUACCGGUUUAAAGGACCGAAAAGAACACGAGAGCGCAAAAGUCUCUGCGUUAUUGCAACUUGGAGCCUUAUAUUCAGAUCAAGGUCGGUUGCAAAGGGCUCUGGCUACGUACAGAGAAGCAGCUCAUUCUUUACCGGAUCACUAUCCUCCUCAGAGCGUGUUCAACGUGUUGGGGGAAACCCUGGCUCGACUAGAACAGGACGAAGAGGCCGAGAGAUGGUACAUAGCAGCUCUACACGCCCAGCCCGACCACGUUCCAGCCCAUAUCACCUACGGGAAGCUGCUAGCCAAAAAUAUAAGUAGAGUAGCCGAAGCAGAACAGUGGUUCAAAAAAGCUCAAAGAAUAGCUCCUGAAGAUCCAAGUGUAUUUCAUCAUUACGGCGAAUUCCUCGCUUCCCGUCGCCGAUACAAGGAGGCGGCGAACAUGUACGAGAAAGCCGCCGAACUACGCCCCGAAGAUUACGAGUUGGCGGUGGCCGCCGCGACGGCCAUGCGACAAGCUGUCCGGUAUCAGGAUGCCGAAAGGUGGUACAGGAAAGCCGUCUCCAUCAAACCUACGGACGCAAGAAGCCACACAAACUUGGGAGCGAUUUUACACCUGAACGGCAAAUAUCGGGAGGCCGCAGAUUCCUACAGGGAGUCGCUUAGGUUACAACCCAAUGACGUCACGACUCUAACCAACCUUCAUAAGCUGCACACCGUCAUGACCUGACACUAAUUUGGCGGGUAUAUGUUCGAAGGGGUAAAUGUAAAAAUAUGAAAUGUUAUGUAUAAGCCGAUUAUUAUCACAAUGAUGGUGUGCCUUUGAAUGGCUUAGUGGACGUAAAGAGGUAAAGUUGAAAGAUGAAAAGCUGACUAAAAUAUAAGCUAACGUCAUUUGAUUUUUUUAUAAUUUUAAAUACAUAAUAAUAAAGUAACGUUUUUUUUCGUUUAAUAAAUUCUGUUAAAUUGUGUUUUUCUGACUAAAUUUAUCAUAUCAGAUAUUCUUUAAUAUUUAAAUUGUUUCCUAUGCGUAUUAUGCAAUGAAGCCUAUAGAUGUAUGGAGAUCUCUAUGAAUUUGUACAGAAAUAAAGCAAAAAUUUAACGAAAAAAAUAAAGUUUACAUGAAAUACAUGUCAACCAAGACCCAAGAGGCAUAUGCAUAUGAUAAUUACAAGAGGAGACAAUGAAAGAGACUAAAUACAUGCAAUUACAGAACAACACAAAACGAUCACUGGGAACGUUUUUCGAACAAAAUCGAACAUAAUUUUUAUUGUUCUGCAAAAGGAAAUAUGGCACCUUAUAAGGAGGUGAACGAACUAAGAAUGCAUAAAAAAAUACAUGCAUUGACUAUUUAAGAAAGCUCUAUGCAGAGGAAAAGGAAAUGACGGUAGUGCGGGAAACACUACAAAUGACCACAAAUAAUGAAAUUAAUAUACAGGCACAGGAUAUCAGAAAAACAAUUAAAAAGUUGAAGAACAAAAACCCUGCAGAUAAAGACGAAAUACCAAACUAAUUAUUGAAAUACUUUGGAACAGCAAUAACAGAACAAUUAACAUUCAUUUUGUGUGGGUUAGAUACUCAACGGAGGGACCACUGACGUUCGGAUACAAAAUGCGUCAUUUUGUAAUGGUAGUUGAGCAAAGUAUGCUAAAUGUGCAGUCACUCGAAAAGCAUGUGCUAAAUGCUUUGGGGACCUAUUGGGUUGUGAAGAGUAGGUCCUAAAAGCAAAAAAAGUUAAGUAAAGUUUUCCAUUUUAGUGGGACUUUCCAUUUUUAAUUUCAUUUUCCAUUUCCAGAAAUCAUUCUUUUUAGAUUAUAGCGCCAUCUAUCCAUAAUUCGAAAAAAUGUCUCGAAUAAAAGUUCCUUAUUUUUACGUAAGAAAUCCAAAUCUGCAAUAAAAAAUGGGGGCUCCCAUUUAAGAUUUUAAAGUAACCCCCCACCCCACCUCUGUGGGGGAUCGUGUUUGGUGACAUCCGAUAGAUUUUUCAGAAAUAUUGAAUAAGUGUAAUUUUAGUUUUUUGAUCUGAUAUUCAUUUCGCGAAAUAUCGCGGGAAUCGUGUUUAAAAUAU